AUGUCGGGCAACGUAUCCAACAGCACCCCCGAGGGAGAAGCUGUGAAACAAUUACAUGCGUAUAUGAGAACCUCUGUCUUCGUUGUCGGCCUAAUAAUCAUGAUGCUUCGGAGGCCAUUAGACGAAGGCGGUCCACAGUCUCCAUACCGGUUUCUCUGGCAACCAGGCAAGGUCGAGUUAAAAUGCCGGUUUUGGGCCAAUUUGAAGGUUGAUACCAAUGGUAUAUGCUGCGCCAUGAUGACUUUUGCUUGGGAAGACUUGAUUCUAGAAUUGCCAGAUCAAUAUACAACACGUCCGAUCAACCGUGGGGCUGGUAGAAGAAUGUCGGAACGACACGACAACGCAGCUCUUUGUUGUCCAGCAAAGUACGGUACCAUCCAAGCGAGCUCAAUGGGCCAGAUACUGGCGGGGGACCAGGGACCAAGGAAGCGAAUCGUUCUGCAGGAAACAAGCACUGGCAGGAUACUUUUGAUGGAUGCGAGACUCGUGAUUCAAAUAGCCGAGGCUCGUGGUUGGUACGUCAGGAGAUGUUGA